UAAAGCCUAGGGAGUUAUUAUCAAUAAAAUGGUCCAUGCAAACUUCAAUCCUCGUGGAGAUUUCUCCACCAUGCUUUCACACUCUUUAAAAAGGUAGUAGUGGAGAAGAAUUCUUUGCAAGCAAAGGGAGAUUCAGAUUAGGAAAAAGAAAAAGAAAAUGGAUCUUGGGUCACCCAAAAUAGAGGCUGUUCUAAGGCUUUGUGCAAUCUUGCUCUUGGUUUUGGUAGCUUGUUUAGUAGGGUUAGAUUCCCAGACAAAGUCUCUUGUAUACCUUGAAAAAACAGUCACAUACAAGGACUUGAAAGCUCUCCAAGCUUUGGUGUACGUGAAUUCUGUGGCUGCUUGUUAUAAUCUCAUUCAACUAAUAAGCAGAGGUUCUUUCUUAGCUCGGUACAAGGGAAGCUUUAAGAGUUCUUAUAGAUAUGUGGAUUGGGGUUGUUAUUUGUUGGAUCAGACUGCAGUGUACAUAACAUUUGCCGCAACCUCGGCAGCACUAGAGCACUCAGUUUUGGUAGUGACAGGAGCUGAGGCCAUGCAGUGGAUGAAGUGGUGCAACAAGUUCACCAGAUUCUGCGACCAAAUUGGAGGUGCUUUGAUCUGCAGCUACAUAGCCUGUGCCUUUAUGGGCUUUAUAUCCUCCAUUUCAGCCCUCAAUUUGUUUAGGCUUUACUCACCCAAACACUUUCUGCUCUUAAAGACCAAUUAAUUAUUCUGAACUGGUAAUGUUAAAGUUUCUAAUAGCUACAAAACCUUGUAAGAUUUGAUCUUUUGUAAGUGUAACAAGAUUUGAUCUUGUCUGGUGAUCUUAUAAACCAAGGUACUCAUAUGCUUUCUUCUGGCCCUA